ACAAAACAACAAAAAACUGAAGUUAAAAAAACCUACUAACACGUUGGUUUCAACCUUCUAUACAAGAAAGCCAAAUCAACCGACCAUGAUGAAACACUUGCUAAGCCUCUUCAUAGGAGCUUUGUUACUUGGAAACAUCAAAACAAGUGAAGGGUCUUUGUCUUCUGCACUUGAAACUACUCCAGGAAGCUUACUAUUCGAUCUCUGGAUGGAUCGGUUUCCGGAUCCGUUCAAGAUCUUGGAGAGAAUCCCAUUAGAACUCGAGAGGGACACGAGCGUGGCUCUGUCCCCAGCGAGAGUGGACUGGAAAGAAACAGCAGAAGGGCAUGAGAUAAUGCUCGAUGUUCCUGGUUUGAAGAAGGAUGAAGUGAAGAUAGAAGUGGAGGAGAACAGAGUUUUGUGGGUGAGUGGAGAGAGGAAAAGAGAAGAAGAGAAGAAAGGAGACCAGUGGCAUAGAGUGGAGAGAUCAUAUGGUAAGUUCUGGAGACAGUUCAAGCUACCUGAUAAUGUGGAUAUGGAAUCAGUCAAGGCUAAACUUGAGAACGGUGUGCUCACUAUUAACCUCACUAAGCUAUCCCCUGAUCAGGUUAAGGGUCCAAGAGUUGUUAACAUUGCAGCUGAAGAGGGCCAAACUGCAAAAAUCAGCUCUUCUGAAUCCAAAGAACUGUGAUUGAAUAAACUAUAUACAGUACUACUUUCUGAGUGUGAAGAAGAGUUAUAAUUCCAAGAGUUUUGAGUUUCAUAUUGUGUAAGCUAAAAGUGGAGUGUUAUGUUAUGUAACCUAUCUACCAAAAUACCUGUAACCUUUCUAUAUGUAAUAAAUUUUUCAAGUCUC